AUGACCCUGGCCGACGAUACUGACAAGAUUGACCAGGCACACAUAGCCAAAGAUGGCGAAGCUGUCAGAAUCCUAGGAGGCUAUAUUGGAAAUGGGGUCGAACCCUUUGCCUUAUGGACUCCAAUGAUCGAGAAAACUGAUGCCGCCCGUGAACGAUGGGAAAGGCUGUUCCCCACGAUAGAAGCGAGGAGGCACAUAGACCAGAUUAUAACUGGCUCAAUGACCCAGUACCUAGCCAUGGUAAAUGGGAUGCCCGCAGCGGUGACAAAAUACCUCCUCCGAGCCCAGCGAGAAUUCAUUUGGGGCGGAGCUAAGUCAUCCCCAGUCCAGAGGACAGUCCUGUCCCAACCAACCAGGCAAGGAGGCAAGAACUUACUGGACCUCGAAGCAAGAAACGACGCCCUCACCGUCCUCAAACUCCAGUCCUUCCUGGACCUCAACCCCAUGACCCGAGCAGACUGGGGAUACUUUGCAGACAGCAGGCUUGAGCAAGCAGCGACAAAGACCUCCAGGAUGGACGACGAAUCCUUUGACAACCUAUUCCUACAAACAUGGACCCCAAAUCAAAAACACCUAACGGCGGAGUUACGGGAGAUGCUCCGAGUUGCUAAAAAAUACAACCUCAGCUUUGCACCAGUCCAGCCUACGCAAACCCUGCUCACAGAAAUGCCUCUCUUCCACCACAUAGGCGAAGACCCAACACAGUCCCAACGAAAUAACACAGCCCGCUCUGCACACCUCGAGGACGAAUCCCACAAGGGGAACCCCCACUGUAGAUGCCCCCAGUGCCUGAUCGACCGAAACAACCGCUGCUGCCGAAACCCAGACGCAUGUGCCAGAGCUGUACCUUCGAAGCUGGCUGGUCUCAGGACAAGAUGGGUCCCCAGAGAGACAGUCAACCCACCUGGAAAUACGGCAGAUCGCGAGGAAGGCCACGGAUCUAGGCAGCUGUCCCUCGCACCCACGACUAGCAAAACAGAUAGCUUCAGGAUAUGCGUGAAGGAGACUCCGCACCCAAGCUCCCUAGCCCUAAUCCAACACCAACCAACGAGUACCCAAGAGACCAUCCUGAUCGCGACGCACAAGAGCACAUCACCGCCGAGACUAGGAAUUGCAGUCUGGUUUGGGACUGGAGACCCACGGAACGUGAGCUUCCCACUCCCCGAAGAGUUAGAGCCCUCAAGGACAAUGGGAGAAUGCAUAGCAAUACUCACAGGGCUAAAACGAACCACGAGGAAAGCAGAUGUGAGAAUAGUAAUCGAGGACGACACAGCGCUACAGGAAAUCAGCCAAAAGCUAAGCCAAUGGGAAGACGCAGGCUGGUUUGGCACACCAAAUGUGAAAGUCCUCCGCCCCCUAACAGCCGAGAUCAGGGGCAGAACAGGCCGAACCACCUUCGGCCCACCUGAAAGAUACUCGCCGGAGGAAUCCCUCCUCUCCCAAGUGGCCGACGCUGCCAAGCAGGCCCACUGGACAGCUACCCCGCCCCUACCUCGCCUCCUAGCAACGACUCGGCCGGACCUCCUGGCGGAGGGAGUAAAGCUGGCCUCCCUGACGCAAAAAACAGCAUAUGCAACCAUCCGAGCCCAGAGAGAGAUGGUAACACGGCCAGCGACACAACGGAACCUAGAGGAAGUAGCCAGGGAGCACACACGUGACGCCCAGGCCAGCCCGACGGUAGAACAGAUCUGGGCCUCGAUAAGGUCACGCGACUUCUCACGCCAAAUACGGAAUUUUCUCUGGAAAGCGAUGCACGAAGCGCACAGAGUAGGCACCUUCUGGAAACAUAUACCAGAGUGCUCGGACAGGGAAAUAUGUACACCCUGCGGAACCACGGAAGACCUCCACCAUAUCCUGCUCGACUGCGAGUGUGCGGGACAGAAACACGUAUGGAAACUUGCCGAAAAACUAUGGUCAGCCACGGGGCUGUCCUGGGACACCCCCAGCUUCGGCCGACUCUUAGGCGAAGGUCUGACCAAGAUAAAACUCAGAAAUGGUCGAGUAGCUAAAGGGCCCACCCGACUCCACCACAUCAUCAUAUCCGAAUCGAUGUUUGUAAUAUGGAAACUACGGAAUGAAAGAGUGAUAUCAAGAAACGGAGAAGAGCCGUCCGCGCCAGAGAUCGAAGGGAAAUGGAACAAUGCCAUAGAAGCCCGUUUUGCCCUCGAACGAACUCUCACAAACAAAAACAAAUUUGGCUCCAGGGCCUUAAAACCUUACCUGGUCGAAGCGACCUGGAAAAAGGUUGUCACAGAUAACUCAGGUGACACACUCGAUGACAAAUGGCUGGAAAAUCCCAGGGUUUUGGUGGGUCGCGUGUCCUUGGCAAUGCCCUUGCCCCCGCCCCCGGUCCCAUGA